AUGCAUUUCCAUCUAAAUAGGAUUAGAAGGCACUCGACAGAAAGUGAUAGUAAACCAAAUAAUAUUUCAUCAACUGCGUCAAGAUUAAGAUCGUCUUCUUUAUCAACUAUAAGAAAUGUUAGAUCAAAUUCAAAAUCAAAUGGACUGCAUAACUCAACUACCUUAAGUCCAAAUCAUCAUUCUGAUCACAACUCAAAUAAUCAAAAUUAUAGCAUUUGUCAAUUUCUACAUGAUUUAAAUAUAUUGGAAAAUUUAGGAUUACAAAAACCAAUACCUAUAAAGACAACUACUCAAGGUUCGUUAUCAAAAACCAUUAAAAUGUAUGUUUCAAAUAGCAAUAACUGUAUUUAUUUACCCCCUGCAUCUUCUACUAGUUUUACAUAUGAAGAUGUUGAAAAUGGAGGUAUUAUAUCAACUGAUGAACAACCAGCACCACCAGCACCACCAGCACCACCGCCACCAUCACCACCACCUAAUUCAACAGAUGUAAUAACAUCUACAUCUACAUCUGCAUCUACAGCUACAAACUCAUCCAAUAAUUCUCAAAUUUCAGCUCCACCUACUUCCUCACCUAUGUUAUUAUCAACCAAAAUUGAUAGUGAUCAUCCAAUACCUCAUUUGUUUGCAGUCAUGAUUGAAGUACAAAAAGAAUCAACUAUUCAAUCAAUACUUAUUAAAUUUCAAUCAGUUACUCAAAUUUUAUGGCCAUCUGGUGAUAUUUACAAUAAAGGGCAUUCAAAAGAAAAAUUUAAAAUUGGUUCAUUACAAUGGGAAACAAAUUUGUCUGAAGCUGAUUAUUAUAUUAAUUAUUUAGGUGAAUUAAAAACAAAACUGAAAUUGAAUCCGGGUGAUUUAGCAAAAAGAACAAGAGAUUAUAAAUUAUUAGAUGAUUCUUCAACUACAAAAACAAAAGCUGUUCAAGAACAAGUAUAUAAAGCUGGUCUUUAUAUAUUUUUAUUACCUAUUUUAUUACCAGAUAACAUUCCACCUUCUAUAUCAUCAAUAAAUGGUAGUUUGUCACAUAAUUUACAAGUUAAUUUUAAUAAAAUUAGUGACAAAUUAAAUCGAAAACUAAAAGUCAACUCAAGUUAUAAUUUGCCAAUGGUUAGAAUUCCACCAAAUUAUUCAAAUUCUGUUGGUGACAAACCUAUUUAUGUUAACAGAGUUUGGAAUGAUUCAAUUCAUUAUAUAAUAACAUUUCCACGAAAGUAUAUAUCCUUGGGUAGUGAACAUGUGAUUAAUGUUAAGUUAGUACCAUUAGUUAAAGAUGUAAUUGUAAAGAGAAUAAAAUUUAACGUAUUGGAAAGAAUUACAUAUAUACUGAAGGAUUUAUCAAAAGAAUAUGAUUAUGAUUCAGAAGAACCUUAUUCUUUACAUUCAAAAGAUUCAAAUAAAAUUAGAGAAAGAAUUGUAUCAUUAUGUGAAUUGAAAACAAAGCAUAAACAAUCAUCAAGUAAUUUAAAUGAUCCAUAUAAAGAAGAAAUCAUUAGAUGUCCUGAUAAUAAUUUAUUAUAUUCAUGCUAUGAACAAGAAUCUGAUUUAUCAAAGCAUAAAAAACAAAAUAAUAAAUCAAUGAUUGCAUCUCCAUUAGAUAUAAAUAUCGCAUUACCAUUUUUAACUACAAAAAAUGAUAAAGAUAUUGAUGAACCAAUUUUAUCACCAACAAAUUCAAGAAAAGCAAGUAUUAUGAAUGAAUCAUCUCCAAGUUCACCCAUAAUUGGUGCUUUAGAAACAAAUUUAUCAAAUGUUGAUGAAAUUGGUUUACAUGAAUUAAAACGAGAUUCUUCAAAUUAUUUAACUGAUGAUUUAACUUCAAAACAUUCACCACCAGAAAAUAUUCAACAAGGUUAUACAAUUUUAAAUCGUGCAUUAUAUCCAGAUUCAAAUUAUCGUCAUAUUCAAAUUAAUCAUAGAUUACAAGUUUGCUUUAGAAUUUCAAAACCUGAUCCAAAAGACGAUUUUAAAAUGCAUCAUUAUGAAGUUGUUGUUGAUACUCCAUUGAUUUUAUUAAGUUCAAAAUGUAAUGAUCAAAAUAUACAAUUACCAAAAUAUGAUGAAAUCAAUGGAUUUACCACACCUACAUUUCGUAUACCUAAUUUUAAAUCUUCAGGGAUUGAAGUUAAACCAUGGAUUGUGGAAAAUGAAUUAAUUGAUGAUGAUUUACCAACAUUUGAACAAGCUACGAGUUCUGAAGAUUCUAUAAGUAGAAUCCCAUCAAUUUCACUGGCUCACGAUCCUGUUCCACCUCCAACUUAUGAAUCAAAUGCAAUGAUUAAUGGAGGUUCAUUAAAUAGUUCAAAUAUUGAUGAAAUUGUACAAGGUGGUCAUUUAUCAACUACACCAAGUUCAAAUAAUGUUUAUAAACCACAAAGAAAAGAUUCAAUUAGGGAAAGUUUAUCAAGUUCAUUUGCAAGAACAAACAACGCUAAUUCAAUUUCAAACAAUGCUAAUUCAUCCCAUCCUUUUGAAUCAAAUUCAUUAAGUGAUGAAGUUAGUUCUAUACAAUCAAAUUAUGAUGAAACGACACCUCCAAGUUCAACAAUACCUGAUUCAACAAGUAUAUCAAGUUCUAAUAAUUCCUCAAUUGAACAGUAUCAAAAUAAGCCCAAGAAAAAUAAUGAUGUAAUUGAUGAAGAGGAUGAUGAUAAUGAAAAUGCAAUUAUUGAUGAUGAAGAGGAUACAGAAAAUGCAAUAAUUGAUGAUGAAGAAGAAGAAGAAGAAGAUGAUGAUGAUGAAGAUGAUGCUGAUGAGGAUGAAGUCGGAAGUUUGAUUACACAAGAUAUUAAUGUAGGUGGUUUUGAUCAACGUAUUCCCUUAUUACACCAUGUUAGUUCGGAUACAAUCAAAACUUUUAAUCCCAGAAUUUCAACUGAGGAUUUAAUUCCACAGAAUCAAAGGACUUUUAUAAAUUAA